AUUAUAACUCGCACUUUUUUUUGUUGACUGAUUUAUUCCUACUUGAUGUAUGUCAUUUUUUGCUUGAAUUUUAAUCGUCAAAAAGUAACAUGUGACAAGCAAAACUGUAUAAUUACAAACAAUUAAUUAUAAUAGGCUAAAUCAACAAAGUAAACCCAGAUCCCGCGAGAUGUCGAGUUUGACAAGUUUUACAACUGCGCUGAAAACUUGGAUUCCACAAGUAACAUCAGUUCGAUUCCGGUACUGGUCUGAAAAAAAACGGCUCGUUAGAUUUCACGGAUAUGAAGAGAAAAUCAACCUUAAAGGACCGUUGGCACACACCGGUGGUAACGAAGUCGUUAAACAAAUGCCCGUUUAUCGUCCAAUUGAUCCAUGGUUGGAAAGAAAAGCAUUGUUUGGUCAAAAUGAUUACAUUGACAUUUUAGGGACCGAAAAUCUGCCUCUCACAAAAACGAUGUACAAUGUUCCAAUGUGGUUGAGAGGUGUCAAGGGCAGAGGCAAAACAGGCAAUGAGUUCAAAGUUUUAUUAAGAAAACGAAAAAUGCUUAAAAAAGGUAUUUACCCUAUUGCCAGGCCCACUAAGUGGAGAGAAUUAAACAAAAGAAUAAUGUGGCUAUGGAAGUUCUUAAACCAAAAGACUAGGGCGACCAUGCCGCGUGAUUAAUUUUAGUGGUACAAUUAUAGU